UGUUUGGGAGUGGGCCGAUGUCAGUUGCCACUGUGGAGUGAAAAUUGUGUCAUAGAGGCAUAAGGUUCAUAACUUCAGGGUUGACGACAAGUUAUCCUCUGGUUUGGACAUGUGUGACCUUCAGGAGAAUAAAGGUUUUACCUCCCGAACACUGAGUGUCACCGUGCUUCGAGCAGAAAACAUCCACUCCUCAGAUUAUGGGUCUGAAACGGACUGCUAUGUUACCGUAUGUCUCCCCUCCACAUCAACCAGAGUCUACCGGUCAAAAGUUGUGGCAAACAGCAAAAACCCGGAGUGGAAUGAAACUUUUACUGUCAGGGUUGCCGAUGAUCUCAAGAACCCUCUCGAGAUAAACCUGUAUGACGAGGACCCCAUGAAGUUUGACGACCUGAUCGCGACCCUAAAGUUUGAUAUCAGCAGUCUGACUGUGGGGAAGAAGGAAACCAAGGAAUUCAUCCUAGACCCUGAGACUAAAUCAUUAAUCAGUAGAUUCCUUUUCCUGCCCUCUUCCCUACGGUCGAAGGGAAAACUGUGGAUGGAUUUUGAGCUGCUGGAAAGUGGGAAGAAAGUAGGCAGUCACCUCAAAGAUGUCCCCCCAGUGAAGGAAACCGUCUUCUACUGGACCUUGAAUGUCACCAUACUGAGAGGAGAACGACAUCACUCCACAGAUUACUGGUCUGAAUCUGACUGCUACGUUAUUCUCUCUCUCCCCACGGCAACGGCAAGACCCUACCGUACAAAAACUGUGUCAAACAAUGACAACCCAGAGUGGAAUGAAACUUUUACCUUCAGGGUCCCCACCCACGUGAAAAACAUUUUAGAAAUCCAGCUGUAUGAUGAGGACCCGAUGAUGCCAGACGACAUGAUUUCCACACUUCUGUUUGAUAUCAGAAACCUCAAAAUAGGGAAGAAGGAGACCAGGCUCUUCACCGUAAAUCCCAAGAUAGAGAGCAGACUUCUAGUAGCAUUUGAGCUACUUUACAGUGAGGAUCCUCCUAGUGAAUAUCUCUCUAAUGGCGUCAUUGUGGCUGCCCCAUUCUCUGCACUGGAUGUUGAUGUUGACAAGCUACUAAGCUAUGACCGUAUUAGGGACAAGGUGCUGAAACUGAGGGGUGCCUAUCAGGAGAAUCUCACACUUGAUGCAAAGGAAACCCCGAAACUGCGUUUCUACAUCAACAGAGACUUGGAGACAGAACUUGGACUGGUCAGUGAUGAUACCUUUGUUGCUGCUCCAAUGGAAACGUCUGUAAAUCUGCAACAUCUACAAGCCAGACAUGCAGUCAAAGUGUCCCUUGUUAUUGAUCAGGACACAGUGGAUUUAGACAUGGAAACACAUGAAUGUGAGGAGGUAUGGCUCGGAGUUCGCCUGGACUUUGACAUCCCACUGCAAGAGAAAGAAUAUCUGAAGAAGAGGAAAGUUGUAGUGGCAGAGGCUUUCCAGAAGCUUUUAGGCCUUGGUUCUCCACUUGAACCUGAAAAGGUGCCGACGAUAGCAAUCGUGGCUUCAGGGGGAGGGUCCAGAGCAAUGACCGGCCUGCUUGGUAGUCUGAGAGGCCUGAAGGAUUUAGGGGUUGUGGAUGCUACCUCUUACAUGACUGGUGUUUCUGGAUCCACAUGGGCUAUGUCUUCUCUGUACCAGGACGCUAACUGGUCACAGGACGACAUGGACAGUAUCAUCUCAGCAACAGAGACGCAGAUGACCAAGAGUAUCCUGAGUGCCUUCUCUCCUGAGAAGAUGCAGUAUUACAGUGAAGAGAUUGCUGAGAAAGAACAAGAUGGUUACAUUGUGUCACUCAUUGAUAUGAUGGGCCUGAUUGCGGAGCAUAUUGUCUUUGGGAAGAAAAACACCAGUACCCUGUCUGAGCAGCAGAGAGCAGUGAAUGAAGGCCAAAACCCUUUACCCAUAUACACUGCUGUCAAUAUGAAGGCUAGGAUAAGGGGCUGUGAACCUGAAGCUGAGUGGUGUGAGUUUACCCCCUAUGAGGUAGGCAUCCAGAAGUACGGGGCGUUUGUCCAAACUGAGGAAUUCGGGAGUCAGUUCUUCCUCGGUCAUAUGAUCAAGAAACUCCCAGAAGUCCGCAUCCCUUAUCUGAUGGGAAUAUGGACCAGUGUCUUGUCUAUCAACUUGACCCAGCUAUGGACGCUUGUUACCGGGUCCAAGCCUUCUUGGAGCCCCUGGCUCGGCCCAGAUGUCAGCAACAUAGAGGUAGACACUAAAAAAUCAACUCUGGACACAUACCUCAUAAAUCCAGACACGGGUAUCACCAGCAUGGUGACUGGUUUCUUCAAAAAUCGUCCAGUCGUUGCUGAAAUGUAUAACUUCAUGCGUGGUCUCUUCCUGCACCAGGACUACAAUAAAAACAGCAACUUUGUUGCCUGGAAAGAAACACAUCCAGAUGCCUUCCCAAACCAACUGACACCCAGUGACUCCACCCUGACGCUGGUUGAUUCUGGUCAUGCCAUCAACAUUGGCUGUAUACCUAUCCUGCGGCCAGAGAGAGACGUGGAUGUCAUCAUAUCUCUGAGUUACUCAUGGGACCCGGAGCACAUCCUCAAGGUCCUAGAGAAGACAGCUGCUUAUUGCAAUGACCAUGACAUCCCCUUUCCCAAUGCUGACUUUGCCCGCCUGGAAAAAGAGCCUCAGAAAGAGGUCUACAUCUUCGAGGAUAAGGAGAAUCCCAAGGCUCCAAUAGUGGUUCAUUUCCCACUUGUCAAUGUCACAUACAAACACUUCAAACGCCCUGGCAUGAAGCGUGAGACUGAGGAAGAAAUAAAAGCUGGGAAGGUGGAUGUUCGCAGCAGCAACUCUCCAUACACCACCCAGAACAUGACCUACUCCAAAGAGGAUUAUGAGGCUCUGGUGGAUCUGGCCACUUACAACAUAUUAAACAACAAGGAGAGCAUCCUUGAGGUCUUGUCCAAGGCCCUGGAGAAGAGGGCAUCCAUGAUAAAGAAAUAAUGGAUCAGAUUUAUUAGGCCUUUUUACAGCAACAAAUUUAUUCAUGUAGCCUCGAAAAGUCACUUAUGGUAAUUUCCACACUUCUAUUAAAGCUGAAAUGCAGCUACUGUAAUUCGUAUUAAACCUAAUAUGACUCUGUUGUGAAGGCCACUUAAAAGGGAUAUUUGCUAAGCAACACUAUAAACUUAAACACUAUAAAGCAACACACUAAACAAACAUCAAUGACUCUGUGUGUAACAUUAAGCUUCAUCAGGUCCGAUAUACCAUCUGUAUUUCUUUAAAGGUGCGAUGUGCAAUAUCUGGACACAUGCUGCAAACAAAUAGGGCAUCUUUACAUCUUUAAAAAAAAAAAGCGAUUCAGUUUAAGUAAGAAAAAUACUAAUAAUUCCUACAGUUUCAAUAUGUUUCUUCGUUGCCCAACGUUGGCAAU